GAAGAGAAAAGAAAUUCACGGAGGGAAGAGAAAGCGGUAAAGGGAAAAGUACCCAAAAGAAAAACUCAGAAGAUUGUUUUGUGCGAAUGAAAAACUAAUCGGAAGAUGAAGGACCCAUUGGUGAGGACGAAGGUGUUAGUUCGGCACUUGCCUCCGUCUCUGUCUCACUCCGAUCUCCUUCAGCAAAUCGACCAUCAACUUGCUGACCGCUACAACUGGUUUUGCUUCCGUCCGGGAAAGAACAGCCAGAAGAAUCAGAGGUACUCUCGAGCCUACAUAGACUUCAAGCGGCCUGAAGAUGUUUUCGAGUUUGCUGAAUUCUUUGAUGGACAUGUGUUUGUUAAUGAGAAGGGGUCUCAGUUCAAGGCUAUAGUUGAAUAUGCACCCUCACAGCGUGUUCCAAAACCAUGUACCAAAAAGGAUGGCCGUGAAGGGACUAUAUAUAAAGAUCCUGAUUAUUUGGAGUUCCUAAAACUUAUUGCGAAGCCUGUUGAGCAUCUUCCUAGUGCAGAAAUACAGCUGGAAAGAAAGGAAGCAGAACAAGCUGGUGGUGCAAAAGAGCCUCCUAUUAUUACCCCCCUCAUGGAGUAUGUUCGUCAGAAACGAGCUAUCGGAAGUGGGACCCAGGUUUCAUCAGUUGUUCGGAAGGUUAGAAGAAGAGCGGGGGCUGCAUCUCUUAACAAACGUGGCUCAACUUCUACAAAACGGGUCUCUGAGAAGAAAAAGUACAUAUUAAAGGACAGUGCUAAACAUACAAGUCGAAAAGACAAGUCAACUUUCACUGUGGUCCCCAGGCGAGAGGAUCAAUUGGCCAGUUCAAGUGGAAAAGAAACCUUAGAAAAUGAAAUUGGUUCUGUUUCGGGAAUCCCUGUGAUUGCAGACUCUGGAAAGAAGAAAAUCCUACUCCUUAAAGGAAAAGAACGUGAAAUACCUUCUGCUCCUGAAGGUAUGCUACCACAGGGGAGUGUAACAUCCGCUGGAAGUUAUGUUUCAGCUGCUCCAAAGCAGAACCAAAGGCGUGAGGCUGGUGGAAAGUUGAUCAGAAGCAUACUUUUAAAUAAUGAGGGACGCCAAAGUCAAAGUUCAACCGAAAUUCAGCCUCAGCAGAAAAUUCUAAGUCUGAACUCAGACGUUAAGCGGGCGUCUCGGCCCUCCAAUGCAAGGUUAGGGUUGAAUGGUCAAGUCUCUAAUAAUGAGCCUAACUCAAUGAGCUCUGAAGGGGAUAGAAAGAGGGCUACGGUUGAUAAAUUUUCGAAGAAGGACCUGCAUGGUACCACUAAUGUUAGUGAGAAGCAAGAAAAACAUACAAGAAACAAGGAUAGACCUGAUCGUGGUGUUUGGGCUCCUCUUCGUCGUGCUGAUAGUUCACAUGCUAGUGAUGAGCAUUUGCCAUCCGUGCCACAACGUCCUCAACUUCCCUCUGAUUCCUUUGAAGUUUCCCAUGGAGAAGUGAAGGAUGAUACCUCUUAUGGAAGCAGGACUGGGGAAGUUAUAAAUCCUACAAGUGGACGUAAUAGUUCUCAUGUAGAGAAUGGUUCACAAAGACAUUUUGGUCGCCGUGGAAGUGCCCAUAAUAUAAAAGAUGAUAAUUCUAUGAAUGUAAGUGAGGGAAAGCCAUCUAAAAGAGGUGCUACUGUUCAUGGUGCCCCUGAGAAACAAGUGUGGGUUCAAAAAUCAGCUUCAGGUUCUUAGAAUAACCAAGGCUGGGAAUAUUCUCUGUAGUCUUUCCAUCGGAGUGGACUCUCAGCUAAAUAUUUUUAAGUUUGACAAAUUGACAAUCCAGAUCAGUUUUCAGUGAUGUUAUUGCACUCAAAUGGUUUAUGAGGACAUGCUUGUGGUGGUCAUGGAGGCGCAUGGUAGGGACAUAAUUUCUGGAAAUACGUGGCAGAGUGGGAAGUAAGGUGACAGAUUGGGGAAUUUUAUGUUUAUAAUUCUUAGGAUUUCCAUGGGGAUGGUUUCUGAUAGCCUUCUGAAUUUUAGCGGGAAGGAACCACUAAAAUGUGCCUUGUACUGAAUUAUUUGUUUGGCUACAAGUGAAAAGGAAAUUAUGGCACCGCAUAGGGGCAGUCUAUUUUAUACUGGUGAUGGCUAUAUCACUGGUCUAGCGUUUUUCUUCACUCUCUUGGUGUUUAGAUGUUCUUUUAACUACUAAAGGUCUGUUGCAGUUUGCAUGCAUGGAUUGUGCAACUUUGGCAGUUUCUAGUAGAUAUAUUAUUACUUUCUUUAAGGGUUGAUGAUG